CUAGGUUUUGCACCGUUGACGCGCAUCGCGUGCACUAACAGCAGUUUCCUGACACGAGCGCGGAGGGAAACGGCACCAAGUUUUCUCAUAUAAGAAACAGUGUCUACAUCUGGUUUUGGAUCUUUCAUCAGUUUGAACUUUUCUAACUGUCAUCUUAAAGAAAAUUUUAAGUAGACUAUCGUUUUAAUCACGUGUGGAAAAGUUUUUCGCGUAACAGGAAUAAGAUGGCGCGGAAGCUAACAAAUCCCAACUCCACUGCACCAUCUGCGUUCUUCUCCGCUGUGGAGAAUGUCCACAACUUCUCAGUGAACUCAAGCUCCUCUCGUCCAUAUCGCUAUCCAAACGUCACCUACGUGGACUUUUACCUGCAUGAGCCGUUGGUGUCAGCUAUCUUUAUUGUGUCCUACCUCCUCAUUUUCAUUGUAUGCAUGGUGGGAAAUGGAGUGGUGUGUUUCAUUGUGUUAAGGAGCAAGAACAUGCGUACAGUCACCAAUCUUUUCAUUCUUAACCUGGCUAUCAGUGACCUGCUGGUUGGCAUCUUCUGCAUGCCCACAACACUGGUGGACAACAUCAUCACGGGUUGGCCUUUCGGCAGCUUGGUGUGUAAGCUGAGCGGGAUGGUGCAGGGAAUAUCAGUAUCUGCCUCUGUCUUCACGUUGGUGGCCAUCGCUGUGGACAGAUUCCGCUGCAUUGUCUACCCUUUCAAACAAAAGCUCACUAUCUCCACCUCUACCCUAAUCAUUGUCAUCAUCUGGGUUCUGGCCAUCUCCAUCAUGUGCCCAUCGGGUGUCAUGUUACAGGUCACCAAAGAACACAGAGUCGCCAUCUUGCUGAGCAAUGGCAACACCACCCAACCCUUCUACUGGUGCCGUGAAAACUGGCCUAACCAAGAAAUGCGCAAGAUUUACACCACAGUGCUCUUCGCUAACAUUUAUCUGGCACCUCUUACCCUCAUUGUGAUCAUGUACGCCCAGAUCGGGAUCACAUUGUUCAAGACAUCAAUGCCCGCCUCUGCAAGCCAAACUGAGACCUCGGGCUCUGGAAAGCAAAGCAGAUACGAAAGCCGUCAGAUGGUGUCGCGGAAAAAGAAGCGGGUAAUUAAAAUGUUGCUUGUCGUCGCCUUGUUGUUUAUCCUCUCGUGGUUGCCAUUAUGGGCACUCAUGAUGCUAAGCGACUACGCCAGCUUGAGCGAACGUCAACAUCGGGUUAUUAAUAUCUAUGUUUACCCUCUGGCACACUGGUUGGCGUUCUGUAACAGCAGCAUCAAUCCUAUAGUCUAUGGAUUUUUCAAUGAGAACUUUCGCAAAGGUUUCAAGGCAGCCUUUAAACUUCAGCUUUGCUCAGCCCAUUCGGGAAAGAGGAGGACCUACUCACAUCGACUGCAGGGCAAUGCUGUAUUACCUGCCAACUUCCCUAUGACCAAAGAGCCCGUAGAGGAUGGAGCUCCUCGGGCACGGGAAAGUGUUAUCCAAGGUCUGGUGAUGGUGGGCAAUGGGAGAGGUCUUGGUGAAAGCAGCCAAUCUUCAGGCAAGGAAAACACAAAAGAACAGGAUCUGAUCAUGGAAGAUCUGGAAAAGGUUUGUGUAUUAGAGAAUACAUGUCAUUAUUUUUAUAUCAUGGAGUAUUUCUGAAGAAAAUUCAACCUUAAGCAUUAAUCCUUUAGACAUUUUUUUAUAAAUGUAUAUAUUUCACAUAACCAUACUCUGAAUAGUGCUGGAUUGUUUUUAACACAGGGCUGGGUCAAUAUUGGACAGAACACACCGCCGGUUUGAAAAUGACCCGAUGCUUGGUUGUUUUAACCCAAUUGGUGGGUUGUUGUUACUCAACCACGGCUUGAUUGCUCUGGUGCAGGGGCGUUGUUAGGCCAUUUUUAGAGGGGCUAUAUCCCCCCUAAUUUUUUGCUGUUCCAUAAACUGUACACGCAUUCAUGGUCACUUUAAUUCCCUUUAAAUUUCAUAUGAAAACGGCAGCAGGGCAGACUUUGGCUUUUCCCCUCUUAGUUUGUGACUUCAAUGCGUUCAGUCCAUUUCUGCAAUAGUGUACUCCAAUAAGGUGGCUAGAGGGGUGUCCAAAUGUAAUUUUCCAAAUGUAAUUUUUUGUAAUGUCCACUUUCACUCUCUCCCAAAAUUAAUUUCCUGUUAAUCAACGUGUUUAAUUCGAUGUGCUGCUCUGCCACACAUUGUUAAAAACAGACAUUAUUUUAAAAAGG